AUGCAGUUGAGCAGAAUCUCUCCCGCUUUCCAUCACCCCGCCCCAUUCUCCCGCUUUCCAUCACCCCGCCCCAUUCUCCCGCUUUCCAUCACCCCGCCCCAUUCUCCCGCUUUCCGUCACCCCGCCCCAAUCUCCCUCCUUCCAUCACCCCGCCCCAUUCCCCUGCUUUCCAUGACCCCGCCCCAUUGUCCCGCAAUCCAUCACCCCGCCCCAUUCUCCCGCUUUCUAUCACCCCGCCCCAUUCUCCCGCUUUCCAUCACCCCGCCCCAUUCUCCCUCCUUCCAUCACCCCGCUUCAUUUUCCCUCCUUCCAUCACCCCGCACCAUUCUCCCGCCUUCCAUCACCCCGCCCCAUUCCUCCGCUUUUCAUCAUCCCGGCCCAUUCUCCCGCUUUCCAUCAUCCCGCCCUAUUCUCCCGCUUUCCAUCACCCCAACUCAUUCUCCCGCUUUCCAUCACCCCGCCCCAUUCUCCUCCCUUCCAUCACCCCGCCCCAUUCUCCCGCUUUCCAUUACCCCGCCCCAUUCUCCCGCUUUCCAUCACCGCGCCCCAUUCUCCCGCUUUCCAUCACCCCGCCCUAUUCUCCCGCUUUCCAUCAACCCGUCCCAUUCUCCCGCUUUCCAUCAUCCCGCCCCAUUCUCCCGCUUUCCAUCACCCCGCCCCAUUCUCCCGCUUUCCAUCACCCCACCCCAUUCUCCCGCUUUCCAUCACCCCGCCCCAUUCUCCCGCUUUCCAUCACCCCGCCCCAUUCUCCCUCCUUCCAUCACCCCGCUCCAUUCUCCCUCCUUCUAUCACCCCGCCCCAUUCUCCCUCCUUACAUCACCCCGCCCCAUUUCCCUGGCUUCCAUCACCCCGCCACAUUCUCCCGCUUUCCACCACCCCGCCCCAUUCUCCCGCUUUCCAUCACCCCGCCCCAUUCUCCCGCUUUCCAUCACCCCGCCCCAUCCUCCCACCUUCCAUCACCCCGCCCCAUUCUCCCUCCUUCCAUCACCCCGCCCCAUUCUCCUGGGUUCCAUCACCCCGCCACAUUCUCCCGCGUUCCAUCACUCCGCCCCAUUCUCCCGCUUUCCAUCAUCCCGCCCCAUUCUCCCGCUUUCCUUCACCCCGCCCCAUUCUCCCGCUUUCCAUCACCCCGCCCCAUUCUCCUGCUUUCCACCACCCCGCCCCAUUCUCCCGCAUUCCAUCACCCCGCCCCAUUCUCCCGCUUUCCAUCACCCCACCCCAUUCUCCCGCUUUCCAUCACCCCACCCCAUUCUCCCGCUUUCCAUCACCCCAUCCCAUUCUCCCUCCUUCCAUCACCUCGGCCCAUUCUCCUUCCUUCCAUCACCCUGCCCCAUUCUCCCGCUUUCCAUCACCCCACCCCAUUUCCCCGUUUUCCAUCACCCCGCCCCAUUCUCCUGCUUUCCAUCACCCCGCCCCAUUCUCCUGCUUUCCACCACCUUGCCCCAUUCUCCCGCUUUCCAUCACCCCGCCCCAUUCUCCCGCUUUCCAUCACCCCACCCCAUCCUUCCACCUUCUAUGACCCCGCCCCAUUCUCCCUCCUUUCAUCACCUCGCCCCAUUCUCCCGCUUUCCAUCACUCCGCCCCAUUCUCCCGCUUUCCAUCACCCCGCCCCAUUCUCCUGCUUUCCAUCACCCCGCCCCAUUCCCCCACUUUCCAUCACCCCGCCCCAUUCUCCCGCUUUCCAUCACCCCGCCCUGUUAUCCCGCUUUCCAUCACCCCGCCCAAUUCUCCCGCUUUCCAUCACCCCGCCCCAUUCUCCCUCUUUCCAUCACCCCGCCCCAUUCUCCCUCCUUCCAUCACCCCGCCCCAUUCUCCGCUUCCCAUAACCCCAGCCCCAUCUCCCUCCUUCCAUCACCCCGCCCCAUUCUCCCUCCUUCGAUCACCCCGCCCCAUUCUCCCGCUUUCGAUCAGCCUACCCCAUUCUCCCGCUUUCCAUCACCCCGCCCCAUUCUCCCGCUUUCCAUCACCCCGCCCCAUUCUCCCGAUUUCCAUCACCCCGCCCCAUUCUCCCGCUUUCCAUCACCCCGCCCCAUUCUCCCUCCUUCCAUCACUCUGCCUCAUUCUCCCUCCUUCCAUCACCCCGCCCCAUUCUCCCGCUUUCCAUCACCCCGCCCCAUUCUCCCGCUUUCCAUCACCCAGCCCCAUUCUCCCGCUUUCCAUCACCCCGCCCCAUUUUCACGCUUUCCAUCACCCCGCCCCAUUCUCCCGCUUUCCAUCACCCCACCCGAUCCUCCCACCUUCUAUCACCCCGCCCCAUUCUCCCUCUUUCCAUCACCCCGCCCCAUUCUCCCGCUUUCCAUCACCCCGCCCCAUUCUCCCGCUUUCCAUCACCCCGCCCCAUUCCCCUGCUUUCCAUCACCCCGCCCCAUUCUCCCGCUUUCCAUCACCCCGCCCCGUUCUCCCGCUUUCCAUCACCCCGCCCAAUUCUCCCGCUUUCCAUCACCCUGCCCCAUUCUUCCGCUUUCCAUCACCCCGCCCCAUUCUCCCUCUUUCCAUCACCCCGCCCCAUUCUCCCUCCUUCCAUCACCCCGCCCCAUUCUCCGCUUCCCAUAUCCCCAGCCCUAUCUCCUGCUUUCCAUCACCCCGCCACAUUCUCCCACUUUCCAUCACCCCGCCCCAUUCUCCCUCCUUCCAUCACCCCGCCCCAUUCUCCUGGGUUCCAUCACCCCGCCACAUUCUCCCGCGUUCCAUCACUCCGCCCCAUUCUCCCGCUUUCCAUCAUCCCGCCCCAUUCUCCCGCUUUCCUUCACCCCGCCCCAUUCUCCCGCUUUCCAUCACCCCGCCCCAUUCUCCUGCUUUGCACCACCCCGCCCCAUUCUCCCGCAUUCCAUCACCCCGCCCCAUUCUCCCGCUUUCCAUCACCCCGCCCCAUUCUCCCGCUUUCCAUCACCCCGCCCCAAUCUCCCUCUUUCCAUCACCCCAUCCCAUUCUCCCUCCUUCCAUCACCUCGGCCCAUUCUCCUUCCUUCCAUCACCCUGCCCCAUUCUCCCGCUUUCCAUCACCCCACCCCAUUUCCCCGUUUUCCAUCACCCCGCCCCAUUCUCCUGCUUUCCAUCACCCCGCCCCAUUCUCCUGCUUUCCACCACCUUGCCCCAUUCUCCCGCUUUCCAUCACCCCGCCCCAUUCUCCCGCUUUCCAUCACCCCACCCCAUCCUCCCACCUUCUAUGACCCCGCCCCAUUCUCCCUCCUUUCAUCACCUCGCCCCAUUCUCCCGCUUUCCAUCACUCCGCCCCAUUCUCCCGCUUUCCAUCACCCCGCCCCAUUCUCCCGCUUUCCAUCACCCCGCCCCAUUCCCCCACUUUCCAUCACCCCGCCCCAUUCUCCCGCUUUCCAUCACCCCGCCUUGUUAUCCCGCUUUCCAUCACCCCGCCCAAUUCUCCCGCUUUCCAUCAUCCCGCCCCAUUCUCCCUCCUUCCAUCACCCCGCCCCAUUCUCCGCUUCCCAUAACCCCAGCCCCAUCUCCCUCCUUCCAUCACCCCGCCCCAUUCUCCCUCCUUCGAUCACCCCGCCCCAUUCUCCCGCUUUCCAUCAGCCUGCCCCAUUCUCCCGCUUUCCAUCACCCCGCCCCAUUCUCCCGCUUUCCAUCACCCCGCCCCAUUCUCCCGCUUUCCAUCACCCCGCCCCAUUCUCCCGCUUUCCAUCACCCCGCCCCAUUCUCCCUCCUUCCAUCACUCUGCCUCAUUCUCCCUCCUUCCAUCACCCCGCCCCAUUCUCCCGCUUUCCAUCACCCCGCCCCAUUCUCCCGCUUUCCAUCACCCAGCCCCAUUCUCCCGCUUUCCAUCACCCCGCCCCAUUUUCACGCUUUCCAUCACCCUGCCCCAUUCUCCUGCUUUCCAUCAUCCCGCCCCAUUCUCCCGCUUUCCACCACCCCGCCCCAUUCUCCCGCUUUCCAUCACCCCGCCCCAUUCUCCCGCUUUCCAUCACCCCACCCGAUCCUCCCACCUUCUAUCACCCCGCCCCAUUCUCCCUCCUUCCAUCACCCCGCCCCAUUCUCCCGCUUUCCAUCACCCCCCCUAUCUCCCGCUUUCCAUCACCCCGCCACAUUCUCCCACUUUCCAUCAACCCGCCCCAUUCUCCCUCUUUCCAUCACCCCGCCCCAUUCUCCCUCCUUCGACCACCCCGCCCCAUUCUCCCGCUUUCCAUCUCCCCGCCCCAUGCUCCCGCUUUCCAUCACCCUGCCUCAUUCUCCCUCCUUCCAUCACCCCGCCCCAUUCUCCCGCUUUCCAUCACCCCGCCCCAUUCUCCCGCUUUCCAUCACCCAGCCCCAUUCUCCCGCUUUCCAUCACCCCGCCCUGUUAUCCCGCUUUCCAUCACCCCGCCCAAUUCUCCCGCUUUCCAUCACCCCGCCCCAUUCUCCCUCCUUCCAUCACCCCGCCCCAUUCUCCGCUUCCCAUAACCCCAGCCCCAUCUCCCUCCUUCCAUCACCCCGCCCCAUUCUCCCUCCUUCGAUCACCCCGCCCCAUUCUCCCGCUUUCCAUCAGCCUGCCCCAUUCUCCCGCUUUCCAUCACCCCGCCCCAUUCUCCCGCUUUCCAUCACCCCGCCCCAUUCUCCCGCUUUCCAUCACCCCGCCCCAUUCUCCCGCUUUCCAUCACCCCGCCCCAUUCUCCCUCCUUCCAUCACUCUGCCUCAUUCUCCCUCCUUCCAUCACCCCGCCCCAUUCUCCCGCUUUCCAUCACCCCGCCCCAUUCUCCCGCUUUCCAUCACCCAGCCCCAUUCUCCCGCUUUCCAUCACCCCGCCCCAUUUUCACGCUUUCCAUCACCCUGCCCCAUUCUCCUGCUUUCCAUCACCCCGCCCCAUUCUCCCGCUUUCCACCACCCCGCCCCAUUCUCCCGCUUUCCAUCACCCCGCCCCAUUCUCCCGCUUUCCAUCACCCCACCCGAUCCUCCCACCUUCUAUCACCCCGCCCCAUUCUCCCUCCUUCCAUCACCCCGCCCCAUUCUCCCGCUUUCCAUCACCCCCCCUAUCUCCCGCUUUCCAUCACCCCGCCACAUUCUCCCACUUUCCAUCACCCCGCCCCAUUCUCCCUCCUUCCAUCACCCCGCCCCAUUCUCCCUCCUUCGACCACCCCGCCCCAUUCUCCCGCUUUCCAUCUCCCCGCCCCAUGCUCCCGCUUUCCAUCACCCUGCCUCAUUCUCCCUCCUUCCAUCACCCCGCCCCAUUCUCCCGCUUUCCAUCACCCCGCCCCAUUCUCCCGCUUUCCAUCACCCAGCCCCAUUCUCCCGCUUUCCAUCACCCCGCCCCAUUUUCCCGCUUUCCAUCACCCCGCCCCAUUCUCCCGCUUUCCAUCACCCCGCCCCAUUCUCCCGCUUUCCAUCACCCCGCCCCAUUCUCCCUCCUUCCAUCACCCCGCCCCAUUCUCCCUCCUUCCAUCACCCCGCCCCAUUCUCCCGCGUUCCAUCACUCCGCCCCAUUCUCCCGCUUUCCAUCAUCCCGCCCCAUUCUCCCGCUUUCCUUCACCCCGCCCCAUUCUCCCGCUUUCCAUCACCCCGCCCCAUUCUCCUGCUUUCCACCACCCCGCCCCAUUCUCCCGCAUUCCAUCACCCCGCCCCAUUCUCCCGCUUUCCAUCACCCCGCCCCAUUCUCCCGCUUUCCAUCACCCCACCCCAUUCUCCCGCUUUCCAUCACCCCGCCCCAUUCUCCCGCUUUCCAUCACCCCGCCCCAUUCUCCCGGUUUCCAUCACCCCGCCCCAUUCUCCCGCAUUCCAUCACCCCGCCCCAUUCUCCCUCUUUCCAUCACCCCGCCCCAUUCUCCCGCAUUCUAUCACCCCGCCCCAUUUUCCCGCUUUCCAUCACCCCUUUCCAUUCUCCCGCUUUCCAUCACCCCGCCCCAUUCUCCCGCUUUCCAUCAUCCCGCCCCAUUCUCCCUCUUUCCAUCACCCUGCCCCAUUCUCCCGCUUUAUAUCACCCCGCCUCAUUCUUCCGCUUUCCAUCAUCCCGCCCCAUUCUCCCGCUUUCCAUCACCCCGCCCCAUUCUCCCGCUUUGCAUCACCCCGCCCCAUUCUCCCUCUUUCCAUCACCCCGCCCCAUUCUCCUGCUUUCCAUCACCCCGCCCCAUUCUCCCGCUUUCCAUCACCCCGCCCCAUUCUCCCUCUUUCCAUCACCCCGCCCCAUUCUCCCGCUUUCCAUCUCCCCACCACAUUCUCCUGCUUUCCAUCACCCCGUCCCAUUCUCCCGCCUCUUUCCAUCACCCCGCCCCAUUCUCCCGCUUUCCAUCACCGCACCCCAUUCUCCCGCUUUCCAUCACCCCGCCCCCAUUCUCCCGCUUCCCAUCACCCCGCCCCGUUCUCCCGCUUUCCAUCACCCCGCCCCAUUCUCCCGCUUUCUAUCACCCCGCCCCAUUCUCCCGCUUUCCAUCACCCCGCCCCAUUCUCCCUCUUUCCAUCACCCCGCCCCAUUCUCCCUCUUUCCAUCACCCCGCCCCAUUCUCCCCCCUUCCAUCACCCCGCCCAAUUCUCCCUCCUCCCAUCACCCUGCCCCAUUCUCCCGCUUUCCACCACCCUGCCCCAUUCUCCCGCUUCCCAUAACCCCACCCCAUUCUCCCGCUUUCCAUCACCCCGCCACAUUCUCCCACUUUCCAUCACCCCGCCCCCUUCUCUCUCCUUCCAUCACCCUGUCCCAUUCUCCCGCUUUCCAUCACCCCGCCCCAUUUUCCCGUUUUCCAUCAACCCGCCCCAUUCUCCUGCUUUCCAUCACCCCGCCCCAUUCUCCCGCUUUCCACCACCCCGCCCCAUUCUCCCGCUUUCCAUCACCCCGCCCCAUUCUCCCUCUUUCCAUCACCCCACCUCAUUCUCCUGCUUUCCAUCACCUCGCCCCAUUCUCCCGCUUUCCAUCACCCCACCCCAUCCUCCCCCCUUCUACCACCCCGCCCCAUUCUCCCUCCUUCCAUCACCCCGCCCCAUUCUCCCGCUUUCCAUCACCCCGCCCCAUUCUCCCGCUUUCCAUCACCCCGCCCCAUUCCCCUGCUUUCCAUCACCCUGCCCCAUUCUCCCGCUUUCCAUCACCCCGCCCCGUUCUCCCGCUUUCCAUCACCCCGCCCAAUUCUCCCGCUUUCCAUCACCCCGCCUCAUUCUCCCUCUUUCCAUCACCCCGCCCCAUUCUCCCUCUUUCCAUCACCCCGCCCCAUUCUCCCGCUUUCCAUCACCCCGCCCCAUUCUCCCGCUUUCCAUCACCCCGCCCCAUUCUCCCGCUUUCCAUCACCCCGCCCCAUUCUCCCGCUUUCCAUCACCCCGCCCCAUUCUCCCGGUUUCCAUCACCCCGCCCCAUUCUCCCGCAUUCCAUCACCCCGCCCCAUUCUCCCUCUUUCCAUCACCCCGCCCCAUUCUCCCGCAUUCUAUCACCCCGCCCCAUUUUCCCGCUUUCCAUCACCCCUUUCCAUUCUCCCGCUUUCCAUCACCCCGCCCCAUUCUCCCGCUUUCCAUCAUCCCGCCCCAUUCUCCCUCUUUCCAUCACCCUGCCCCAUUCUCCCGCUUUAUAUCACCCCGCCUCAUUCUUCCGCUUUCCAUCAUCCCGCCCCAUUCUCCCGCUUUCCAUCACCCCGCCCCAUUCUCCCGCUUUGCAUCACCCCGCCCCAUUCUCCCUCUUUCCAUCACCCCGCCCCAUUCUCCUGCUUUCCAUCACCCCGCCCCAUUCUCCCGCUUUCCAUCACCCCGCCCCAUUCUCCCUCUUUCCAUCACCCCGCCCCAUUCUCCCGCUUUCCAUCUCCCCACCACAUUCUCCUGCUUUCCAUCACCCCGUCCCAUUCUCCCGCCUCUUUCCAUCACCCCGCCCCAUUCUCCCGCUUUCCAUCACCGCACCCCAUUCUCCCGCUUUCCAUCACCCCGCCCCCAUUCUCCCGCUUCCCAUCACCCCGCCCCGUUCUCCCGCUUUCCAUCACCCCGCCCCAUUCUCCCGCUUUCUAUCACCCCGCCCCAUUCUCCCGCUUUCCAUCACCCCGCCCCAUUCUCCCUCUUUCCAUCACCCCGCCCCAUUCUCCCUCUUUCCAUCACCCCGCCCCAUUCUCCCGCUUUCCAUCACCCCGCCCCAUUCUCCCGCUUUCCAUCACCCCGCCCCAUUCUCCCGCUUUCCAUCACCCCGCCCCAUUCUCCCGGUUUCCAUCGCCCCGCCCCAUUCUCCCGGUUUCCAUCACCCUGCCCUAUUCUCUCGCUUCCCAUCACUCUGCCCCAUUCUACCUCUUUCUAUCACCCCGCCCCAUUCUCCCUCCUUCCAUCACCCCGCCCCAUUCUCCCGAUUUCCAUCACCCCGCCCCAUUCUCUCGACUCUUUCCAUCACCCCGCCCCAUUCUCCCGCUGUCCAUCACUCCGCCCCAUUCUCCCGCUUUCCAUCACCCCGCCCCAUUCUCCCGCUUUCCAUCACCCCGCCCCAUUCUCCAACUGUCCAUCACCCCGCCCCAUUCUCCCGCUUUCCAUCAACCCGCCCCAUUCUCCCGCUUUCCAUCACCCCGCCCCAUUCUCCCUCUUUCGAUCACCCCGCCCCAUUCUCCUGCUUUCCUUCACCCCGUCCCAUUCUUUCGCCUCUUUCCAUCACCCCGCCCCAUUCUCCCGCUUUCCAUCACCCCGCCCCAUUCUCCCGCUUUCCAUCACCCCGCCCCAUUCUCCCGCUUUCCAUCACCCCUCCCUAGUCUCCCGCAUUCCAUCACCCCGCCCCAUUCUCCCGCUUUCCAUCACCCCACCCCAUUCUCCCACUUUCCAUCACCCCACCCCAUUCUCCCGCUUUCCAUCACCCCGCCCCAUUCUCCCGCUUUCCAUCACCCCGACCCAUUCUCCCACUUUCCAUCACCCCGCCCAAUUCUCUCGAUUUCCGUCACCCUGCCCCAUUCUCCCUCUUUCCGUCACCCCGCCCCAUUCUCCCGCUUUCCAUCAUCCCGCCCCAUUCCCCCGCUUUCCAUCACCCCGCCCUUUUCUCCCUUUUUCAUCACCCCGCCCCAUUCUCCCGCUUUCCAACACCCCGCCCCAUUCUCUCGCUUUCCAUCACCCCGCCCCCUUCCUCCUUCCAUCACCCCGCCCCAUUCUCCCUCCUUCCUUCACCCCGCCCCAUUCUCCCGCUUUCCAUCACCCCACACCAUUCUCCCGCUUUCCAUCACCCCGCCCCAUUCUCCCGCUUUCCAUCACCCCGCCCCAUUCUCCCUCCUUCCAUCACCCCGCCCCAUUCUCCCGCUUUCCAUCACCCCGCGCCAUUCUUCCGCUUCCCAUCACCCCGCCCCCUUCUCCCUCCUUCCAUCACCCCGCCCUAUUCUCCCUCCUUCCAUCACCCCGCCCCAUUCUCCCGCUUUCCAUCACCCCGCCCCAUUCUCCCGCAUUCCAUCACCUCGCCCCUUUCUCCCGCUUUCCAUCUCCCUGCCCCAUUCUCCCGCUUUCCAUCACCUCGCCCCAUUCUCCCGCUUUCCAUCACCCCGCCCCAUUCUCCCGCUUCCCAUCAUCCCGCCCCAUUCCCCCGCUUUCCAUCACCCCUCCCCAUUCUCCCUCCUUCCAUCACCCCGCCCCAUUCUCCCGCUUUCCAUUACACGCCCUAUUCUCCCGCUAUCCAUCACCUCGCCCCAUCUCCCGCAUUCCAUCACCCCGCCCUAUUAUUCUGCUUUCCAUCACCCCGCCCCAUUCUCCUGCUUUCCAUCACCCCGACCCAUUCACCCGCUUUCCAUCACCCGCCCCAUUCUCCCGCUUUCCAUCACCCCGCCCCAUUCUCCCGCUUUCCAUCACCCCGCCCCAUUCUCCCGCUUUUCAUCACCCCGCCCCAUUCUCCCGCUUUCCAACACCCCGCCCCAUUCUCCCGCUUUCCAUCACCCCGCCCCAUUCUCCUGCUUUCCAUCACACCGCUCCAUUCUCCUGCUUUCCAUCACUCCGCCCCAUUCUUCCGCUUUCCAUCACCCCGCCCCAUUCUCCCGCUUUCCAUCACCCCGCCCCAUUCUCCCUCCUUCCAUCACCCCACCUCAUUCUCCCUCCUUCCAUCACCCCGCCCCAUUCUCCCGCUUUCCAUCACCCCGCCCCAUUCUCCCGCUUUCCAUCACCCAGCCCCAUUCUCCCACUUUCCAUCACCCCGCCCCAUUUUCCCGCUUUCUAUCACCCUGCCCUAUUCUCACGCUUUCCACCACCCUACUCCAAUCUCCCGCUUUCCAUCACCCCGCCCCAUUCUCCCUCCUUCCAUCACCCCGCCCCAUUCUCCCGCAUUCCACCACCCCGCCCUAUUCUCCCGCUUUCCAUAACCCCGCCCCAUUCUCCCUCCUUCCAUCACCCGCCCCGUUCUCCCUCCUUCCAUCACCCCGCCCCUUUCUCCCUCCUUCCAUCACCCCGCCCUAUUCUCCCGCAUUCCAUCAGCCCACCCCAUUCUCCCGCUUUCCAUCACCCCGCCCCAUUCUCCUGCUUUCCAUCACCCCGCCCCAUUCUCCCGUUUUCCAUCACCCCGCCCCAUUCUCCCGCUUUCCAUCACCCCGCCCCAUUCUCCCGCUUUCCAUCACCCCGCCCCAUUCUCCCGCUUUCCAUCACCCCGCCCCAUUCUCCCGCUUUCCAUCUCCCCGCCCCAUUCUCCCUUCUUCCAUCACCCCGCCUCAUUCUACCUCCUUCCAUCACUCCGCCCCAUGCUCCCGCUUUCCAUCACCCCGCCCCAUUCUCCCGCUUUCCAUCACCCCGCCCCAUUCUCCCUCCUUCCAUCAUCCCGCCCCAUUCUCCCGCUUUCCAUCAGCCCACCCCAUUCUCCCGCUUUCCAUCACACCGCCCCAUUCUCCCGCUUUCCAUCACCGCGCCCCAUUCUCCCGCUUUCCAUCACCCCGCCCCAUUCUCCCGCUUUCCAUCACCCCGCCCCAUUCUCCCUCCUUCCAUCGCCCCGCCCCAUUCUCCCGCUUUCCAUCACCCCGCCCCAUUCUCCCUCCUUCAAUCACCCCGCCCCAUUCUCCCGCUUUCCAUCACCCCGCGCUAUUCUCCCUCCUUCGAUCACCCCGCCCCAUUCUCCCGCUUUCGAUCACCCCGCCCCAUUCUCCCGCUUCCCAUAACCCCACCUCAUUGUCCCGCUUUCCAUCUCCCCGCCACAUUCUCCUGCUUUCCAUCACCCCGCCCCAUUCUCCUUCCUUCCAUCACCCCGCCCCAUUCUCCCGCUUUCCAUCACCCCGCCCCAUUCUCCCGCUUUCCAUCAUGCCGCCCCCUUCUCCCUCCUUCCAUCACCCCGCCCCAUUCUCCCUCCUUCCAUCACCCCGCCCCAUUCUCCCGCUUUUUAUCAGCCCGCCCCUUUCUCCCGCUUUCCAUCUCUCUGCCCCAUUCUCCCGCUUUCCAUCACCCCGCCCCAUUCUACCGCUUCCCAUCAUCCCGCCCCAUUCCCCCGCUUUCUAUCACCCCGCCCCAUUCUCCCGCUUUCCAUUACCCGCCCCAUUCUCCCGCUUGCCAUCACCUCGCCCCAUCUCCCGCUUUCCAUCACCCCGCCCAAUUCUUCUGCUUUCCAUCACCCCGCCCCAUUCUCCUGCUUUCCAUCACCCCGCCCCAUUCACCCGCUUUCCAUCACCCACCCCAUUCUCCUGCUUUCCAUCACCCCGCCCCAUUCUCCCACUUUCCAUCACCCCGCCCCAUUCUCCCGCUUUUCAUCACCCCGCCCCAUUCUCCCGCUUUCCAACACCCCGCCCCAUUCUCCCGCUUUCCAUCACCCCGCCCCAUUCUCCCGCUUUCUAUCACACCGCUCCAUUCUCCCGCUUUCCAUCACUCCGCCCCAUUCUCCCGCUUUCCAUCACCCCGCCCCAUUCUCCUGCUUUCCAUCACCCCGCCCCAUUCUCCCUCCUUCCAUCACUCCGCCUCAUUCUCCCUCCUUCCAUCACCCCGCCCCAUUCUCCCGCUUUCCAUCACCCCGCCCCAUUCUCCCGCUUUCCAUCACCCAGCCCCAUUCUCCCACUUUCCAUCACCCCGCCUUAUUUUCCCGCUUUCUAUCACCCCUCCCCAUUCUCACGCUUUCCAUCACCAUGCCCCAAUCUCCCGCUUUCCAUCACCCCGCCCCAUUCUCUGUCCUUCCAUCACCCGCCCCAUUCUCCCUCCUUCAACCACCCCGCCCCAUUCUCCCUCCUUCCAUCACCCCACCCCAUUCUCCCGCUUUCCUUCAGCCCACCCCAUUCUCCCGCUUUCCAUCACCCCGCCCCAUUCUCCCGCUUUCCAUCACCCCGCCCCAUUCUCCCUCUUUCCAUCACCCCGCCCCAUUCUCCCGCUUUCCAUCACCCCGCCCCAUUCUCCCGCUUUCCAUCACCCCGCCCCAUUCUCCCGCUUUCCAUCACCCCGCCCCAUUCUCCCGCUUUCCAUCACCCCGCCCCAUUCUCCCGCUUUCCAUCAGCCCACCCCAUUCACCCGCUUUCCAUCACACCGCCCCAUUCUCCCGCUUUCCAUCACCCCGCCCCAUUCUCCCGCUUUGCAUCACCCCGCCGCAUUCUCCCAUCACCCCGCCCCAUUCUCCCGCUUUCCAUCACCACGCCCCAUUCUCCCGCUUUCCAUCACCCCGCCCCAUUCCCUCCCCAUUCUCCCGCAUUCCAUCACCCCGCCCCAUUCUCCCUCCUUCCAUCACCCCGCCCCAUUCUCCCGCUUUCCAUCACCCCGCCCCAUUCUCCCGCUUUCCAUCACCCCGCCCCAUUCUCCCGCUUUCCAUCACCACGCCCCAUUCUCCCUCCUUCCAUCACCCCGCCCCAUUCUCCCGCUUUCCAUCACCCCGCCCCAUUCUCCCUCCUUCCAUCACCCCGCCUCAUUCUACCUCCUUCCAUCACCCCGCCCCAUUCUCCCGCUUUUAAUCACCCCGCCCCAUUCACCCGCAUUCCACAACCCGCCCCAUUCUCCCGCUUUCCAUCACUCCGCCCCGUUGUCCCGCUUUCCAUCACCCCGCCCCAUCCUCCCGCUAUUCAUCACCCCGCCCUGUUCUCCUGCUUUCCAACAUCCCGCCCCGUUCUCCCGCUUUUCAUCACCCCGCCCCAUUCUCCCGCUUUCCAUCACCCCGCCCCAUUCUCCCACUUUCCAUCACUCCGCCCUAUUCUCCCGCUUUCCAUCACCCCGCCCCAUUCUCCCGCUUUCCAUCAACCCGCCCCAUUCUCCCUCCUUCCAUCACCCCGCCUCAUUCUCCCUCCUUCCAUCACCCCGCCCCAUUCUCCCGCUUUCCAUCACCCCGCCCCAUUCUCCCGCUUUCCAUCACCCUGCCCCAUUCUCCCGCUUUCCAUCACCCUGCCCCAUUCUCCAGCUUUCCAUCACCCUGCCUCAUUCUCCCGCUUUCCAUCACCUUGCCCCAUUCUCCCGCUAUCCAUCACCCCGCCCCAUUCUCCCUCCUUCCAUCACCCCGCCCCAUUCUCCCUCCUUCCAUCACCCCGCCCCAUUCCCGCCUUCCAUCACCCCGCCCCAUUCUCCCUCUUUCCAUCACCCCGCCCCAAUCUCACGCUUUCCAUCACACCGCCCCAUUUUCCCUCUUUCCAUCACAACGCCCCAUUCUCCCGCUUUCCAUCACCCCGAACCAUUCUCCCUCUAUCCAUCACCCCGCCCAAUUCUCCCACUUUCCAUCACCCCGUCCCAUUCUCCCGUUUUUUAUCACCCUCCCCCUAUUCUCCCGCUUUCCAUCACCCCGCCUUAUUCUCCCGCUUUCCAUCACCCCGCCCCAUUCUCCCGAUUUCCAUCACCCCGCCCCAUUCUCCCGCUUUCCAUCACCCCGCCCCAUUCUCCCACUUUCCAUCACCCCGGCCUAUUCUCCCGCUUUCCAACACCCCGACCCAUUCUCCCGCUUUCCAUCACCCCGCACCAUUCUCCCUCUUUCCAUCACCCCGCCCCAUUCUCCCUCUUUCCAUCACCCCGCCCCAUUCUCCCGCUUUCCAUCACCCCGCGCCAUUCUCCCUCUCUCCAUAACCCCGCCCCAUUCUCCCGCUUUCCAUCACCCCGCCCCAUUCUCCCUCUUUCCAUCACCCCGCCCCAUUCUCCCUCUUUCCAUUACCCCGCCCCAUUCUCCUGGUUUCCAUCACCCCGCCCCAUUCUCCCUCUUUCCAUCACCCCGCCCCAUUCUCCCGCUUUCUAUCAACCCACCCCAUUCUCCCGCUUUCCAUCACCCCGUCCCGUUCUCCCUCUUUCCAUCACCUCGCCCCAUUCUCCCGCCUUUCAUCACCCCGCCCCAUUCUCCCGCUUUCCAUCACCCCGCCCUAUUUUCCCGCCUUCCAUCACCCCGCCCCAUUCUCCCUCUUUCCAUCACCCCGCCCCAUUCUCACGCUUUCCUUCACCCCGCCCCAUUCUCCCUCUUUCCAUCACCCGCCCCAUUCUCCCGCUUUCCAUCACCCCGCCCCAUUCUCCCUCUAUCCAUCACCCCGCCCAAUUCUCUCACUUUCCAUCACCCCGUCCCAUUCUCCCGUUUUCCAUCACCCCGCCCCAUUCUCUCGCUUUCCAUCAUCCCGCCUUAUUCUCCCGCUUUCCAUCACCCCGCCCCAUUCUCCCGAUUUCCAUCACCCCGCCCCAUUCUCCCGCUUUCUAUCACCUCGCCCCAUUCUCCCGCUUUCCAUCACCCCGCCCCAUUCUCCCGCUUUCCAACACCUCGCCCCAUUCUCCCGCUUUCCAUCACCCCACCCCAUUCUCACUCUUUCCAUCACCCUGCCCCAUUCUCCCUCUUUCCAUCACCCCGCCCCAUUCUCCCGCUUUCCAUCACCCCGCACCACUCUCCCUCUUUCCAUCACCCCGCCCCAUUCUCCCUCUUUCCAUAACAUCGCCCCAUUCUCCCGCUUUCCAUCACCCCGCCCCAUUCUCCCUCUUUCCAUCACCCCGCCCCAUUCUCCCGCUUUCCAUCACCCCGCCCCAUUCUCCCUCUUUCCAUAACCCCGCCCCAUUCUCCCGCUUUCCAUCACCCCGCCCCAUUCUCCCUCUUUCCAUCACCCCGCCCCGUUCUCCCGCUUUCCAUCACCCCGCCCCAUUCUCCCGCUUUCCAUCACCCCGCCCCAUUCUCCCGCUUUCCAUCACCCCGCCCCAUUCUCCCUCUUUCCAUAACCCCGCCCCAUUCACCCGCUUUCCAUCACCCCGCCCCAUUCUCCCUCUUUCCAUCACCCCACCCUGUUCUCCCGCUUUCCAUCACCCCGCCCCAUUCUCCCGCUUUCCAUCACCCCGCCCCAUUCUCCCUCUUUCCAUCACCCCACCCUGUUCUCCCGCUUUCCAUCACCCCGCCCCAUUCUCCCGCUUUCCAUCACCCCGCCCCAUUCUCCUGCUUUCCAUCACCCCGCCCCAUUCUCCAUCUUUCCAUCACCCCGCCCCAUUCUCCCGCUUUCCAUCACCCCGCCCCAUUCUCCCGCUUUCCAUCACCCCGCCCCAUUCUCCCGCUUUCCAUCACCCCGCCCCAUUCUCUCGCUUUCCAUCACCCGGCCCCAUUCUCCCUCUUUCCAUCACCCUGCCCCAUUCUACCGCUUUCCAUCAUCCCGCUCCAUUGUCCCACUUUCCAUCACCCCGCCCAAUUCUCCCUCUUUCCAUCACCCCUCCCCAUUCUCCCUUUUUCCAUAACCCCGCCCCAUUCUCCCGCUUUCCAUCACCCCGCCCCAUUCUCCCGCUUUCCAUCACCCCGCCCCAUUCUCCCUCUUUCCAUCACCCCGCCCCAUUCUCCCUCUUUCCUCCACCCGCCCCAUUCUCCCGCUUUCCAUCACCCCGCCCCAUUCUCCCUCUUUCCAUAACCCCGCCCCAUUCACCCGCUUUCCAUCACCCCGCCCCAUUCUCCCUCUUUCCAUCACCCCACCCUGUUCUCCCGCUUUCCAUCACCCCGCCCCAUUCUCCCGCUUUCCAUCACCCCGCCCCAUUCUCCCUCUUUCCAUCACCCCACCCUGUUUUCCCGCUUUCCAUCACCCCGCCCCAUUCUCCCGCUUUCCAUCACCCCGCCCCAUUCUCCUGCUUUCCAUCACCCCGCCCCAUUCUCCAUCUUUCCAUCACCCCGCCCCAUUCUCCCGCUUUCCAUCACCCCGCCCCAUUCUCCCGCUUUCCAUCACCCCGCCCCAUUCUCCCGCUUUCCAUCACCCCGCCCCAUUCUCUCGCUUUCCAUCACCCGGCCCCAUUCUCCCUCUUUCCAUCACCCCGCCCCAUUCUCCCGCUUUCCAUCACCCCGCCCCAUUCUACCGCUUUCCAUCAUCCCGCUCCAUUGUCCCGCUUUCCAUCACCCCGCCCAAUUCUCCCUCUUUCCAUCACCCCUCCACAAGCAUGCGACUAG